AUGGAAAUUUCCGAGCAGCCUCAAUGUCAAAGGCCUCAGCUAACUUUUUCUCAUUUCGCUGGUCUCUCUCUCCUUUCUCUCUGCUUGUCCUCCUCUAUAAAUACAGAACCCAAACAUACCUCAGAAGAAUGUGGGAAUAACCAAGAGAGAGAAACACAAGAGAGAGACAUGGAUGAUAGGACACCUGGUUUUAGGUUCUAUCCAACAGAAGAAGAGUUAGUUUCAUUCUAUCUGCAUAACAAGCUUGAAGGAACUAGACAAGACCUCGACCGGGCUAUACCCGUGGUUGACAUUUAUAAAUACAAUCCAUGGGACCUCCCACGAGAGUUAUGUCAAGGGGAUCCUGAGCAGUGGUUUUUCUUCUUUCCUAGGCAAGAGAGAGAAGUCCAUGGAGGAAGACCUAACCGGCUCACGACUAUAGGAUAUUGGAAAGCCACUGGAUCUCCAGGUUACGUUUACUCCAAUAACCGAAUAAUUGGAGUGAAGAGAACCAUGGUUUUCUACACAGGAAGAGCUCCAGGAGGAAGAAAGACUGAGUGGAAGAUGAAUGAGUACAAGGCCAUUGCAGGAGAAGAUUCUUCAUCAACAAGUGCAGCUCCAAAGGUUUAUAUUAAGUAUAUGUGGGAUUAA